AUGAAGCCCUGUGACUUGUCCGCGCUCUGCAUUAUUGGCAACUGCCAACUCAAAUACCCCGUCUUCCAUGACCGCGUCUUCAAAACAUUUGAAUUCUGCGGUGAACUUCAUGUCGUCUCAGGACUCGCUCGCUCAUCGUCGUAUGCCUACCUAGUGCACAACAUCCCCACAUGCGUCAUCAUCGAGUUGAAGUCUUGA